UUGCAAAAUCUGUUUCUGCGUGGCAAGCAAGGGGAAGAGAGACAGACAGAGACACGGAGCACAGCCGCCUGUCUUCUGUGUGCCUUUAACUAUGACUGAGGCAGAGCUGUACACGCAGUACAGAGGGGUCCUGGUGCCCUCAGCUGUGCACAGUCCACAGAGCCUGAAAUACUACGAAGAGUUUACCUUCCGCCCGGAUGAUAUCAUCAUUGCAACGUAUCCCAAGUCUGGUACGACUUGGAUGCAGGAGAUUGUCCCUCUGAUCAUGAGUGGAGGAGAUCCAGCUUCUGUUGAGACUCUUCCUAACUGGGACCGUGUUCCCUGGCUGGAGGAGAACCGGGCCUGCAACCUUAACCUUGAAGAGAGGCCAUCUCCACGAAUGUGUACAACACAUUUCCUGUACAACAUGAUGCCUCCAUCUUUCUUCAAAGUGAAGCCAAAGGUUAUCUAUGUGAUGAGGAACCCCAAAGAUGUGUUUACAUCUUUGUUUCACUACCACGGGAUGGCAUCCUUCCUGUCAAACACAGGCACACAGAAUGAAUUCCUCCAUAAGUUCCUCGAUGGAAAAGUCAUGUUUGGCUCAUGGUUUGAUCAUGUGAAGAGCUGGCUGAAUGCUGAAGAUAAAGAGCACAUCAUGUACAUCUCCUAUGAAGAGAUGAUUAUGGACCUGAAGGACUCUGUGGCCAGAAUCGCUCAGUUCUUGCAGAAAUCUCUGGACACUGAGGUGAUAGAGAAGAUAGCAGACCGAUGUUUGUUGAAGAACAUGAAGAAGAACAACAUGUCAAAUUACUCUGUUGUUCCUCGUGAACAGAUGGACCAGACAAAGUUUGAUUUUCUCAGGAAAGGGAUUGUUGGAGACUGGAAAAACCAACUAACAGUGGCAGAAGCAGAGUACUUUGAUGCUGUUUACAAAGACAAAAUGAAAGAUGUCAAAUAUAAAUUUGUAUGGGAUUAAAACUAACGAAUAAAAGUCUUUUCACUAUAUUGUGAUGCACCAAAAUCUUAUUAUCUUUCUCACUGACAGACCAUUAGAGUCUCCCCUCUUAUUCUUUAAUGACUGUCAACGGUUUUUGCAUUUUUGUGUCGGCCACCAUAGUUAGCAGCCCCUUCAUGAUGAGAGCAUCAGAGUAACAC